AACGCCAAAUUCCAAAAAGCCAACGUGCCGUCGUGUUGGUGAGCAACUGUCGUCCGUCCGUCUUUUUCUUUGUUUUUCCGAUAAUUUUUUUGCAAAAUUUUCAUCCACCUAAUUCAGCUCGUGGUCUGUGUUAACCGUUUUUUGUGUAAUUACUAAUUAAUCUUCACGUAGGUAGAGUCGUGUUUGUCCGCGCGCUCGUUUGUCUGUCCGAGUGAUGUGAGAACGUAACAACCACCUAUUUCUCAGCGACGAUACUGGUUUUUCUUUUUCGUAUCAGUAAUUCAUUCGGAUUUUUCCAGUUUUCACCGCAAACGCUGUCUCGAUUACUCACGUCUGUCUUGUGUUGUGCGUGUGGCAUGCCAUUAACAGUUUUUGAUUAACUCUAUCGUACGCCGCUUACCAGCACGAUGCCAGGGUCAACAGUCUCCAACAAUGACCUGAGAAUGAAAAAGCGUAGUUUGGCUGGUAACGUAGCCCUUGGUUUGUACGUUUUGGCUUUAGUGUUUGUGUUCAUUUCAUUUUUUUCAACCAGUUGGUUAGUCAGUGAUGGGAGAAUCACAGGUGCAAAAUUAGAAAGUUUUGGAUUGUGGACUCAUUGUUUUCGUUCACUACCUGAUCCUAAUGACCCAGCGGAACGAAGGUUUUUUGUUGGAUGCCACUGGAUUUUUGACCCUUUCACCAAGGGAUAUGAUGAAAUCAAAGGAUUUUUGUUGCCAUUUUACAUAGUGGCAACUCAGUUCUUUUACACAAUUACAUUCCUUGGAACAUUAGUAUCAGCUGUUGGUUCAUCAAUGUUUCUUCUAUGUUGUACACCUGAUGAAAAACGUUUUAUACAAAUAACAUUUGCAUUGGGAGUAACAUUGAUUGUAUCUGGUGUAUGUGCUGCAAUAUCAGUGUUAAUAUUUGCUUUGUUUGCCAACCGUCCAGGUUGGAUGCCUGGCCACGACAACAACUUCUUUGGUUGGGCAUUUGGUGUAGCUAUUGCAAGUUUCUUUGCUUUACUUGGAUCUGGAGCAUUUUAUUUGGUAGAAACAAAUAUACAAGUGAAAAAAAGAAAAUAUUUGAAAGAAUCUCAAACUAAAUUUGAUAUGGAGUCCAAAGGAUAAGAUGAAAUUUAUUGUUGAUUUUUAUUUAAAAUAUUUUCAAUUUAGACCAUAAGUAUGUGUUUUUGAUAGUAACCUUCAGCCCAAUCAGUAUUAAAUUAUACUAUUUUCAAAAUCUGAUAGCAGUAGUUAUUUUUAUGAAACUAAUAAUCUCAUUUUUGUUUAAAUUAACACUAUUAUCUAUACUAUUUUAAAUUAUUUGUGAUAAAAUGUGAGUAAAUACAAUUUUUACUGUUGUAUGAAACCGACUCCGUCCAUUUAAAACGAAUAUUAUUGCAAUAAUAUUAGUUAUAUCAUUAUUAAGUGUACACUUUAAUUAGUUUUAAUAUUUGAAUUUGUCACAUCUGUCUCAUAACUGUUAAAAGUAAAAUAAGCAUUGUAAUUUUAAGAUAUUAAAUUAUGUACAUUUAUAUUUUUUUCAUUUUAAGCAAGCUUGUAUUUAAUGUAGCUAAAUACUUGCAGUAUUAAAAUAUUUAGUUUUAAGGACAUCCUGUGCUACAGUUACAGGAUUCAUCACUGUAAGGGAUGAACACCAUUAAUUUUCAUUUUUCUUAUGCAAUCUAAGUUUUUAAAGUUUGUAUUUGGUUGAUAUUUUUUUAGUUUAUUUUAUUUUAUCCUAGAAACUAGAUGCAUUGACAUUUUAUGAAGCCAGUAUUAUAUUAUUUAAUUCCAUAUUUCUGCACAUAGAUUCUAAAUUAAUUUGUGUUCUUUUACCAUUAUUGCUUAUCAGUUAUCAGAAAUAAUAUCAGUUUUCUUUUCUAUAAUGCCAAAUAUGUAUAUUUUUUUUUUUUUGUUAAGUACCUAUUAUGAAUAAUAUAGUUACAUUCAAGCAGCAAUAUAACAUAGCUAAUAAGUAAUAACUACAACUUUGACAAAAAUUAAAUGAGAAAUUUAUAUAAACUAUUUAAACUUUAAUUUUGGACGAUGAUCUAAUUGUUUAUACAACAUUAAAGGUUGCUUUAUGAUAAUUGUUUAAAAACUAAACUUUUAGUGAUGUGUUUAUCAAAAACUUAAUUUGCUUUAUUUGUAUAAUAUUAUGUUGUAAUUUGUAUUUUCCACAAAUCAUUGAAUUUAUUUAUCUUUGUAUCUUCAAGUAACAUCAUACAAUACAAUCCUUAUUAUAGUUCUAUUAAAUUUACUAUAUGCCAUUUUUAUCAUUGUAUAACAUUUAUUGUUAAUGUUCAUAAUAAUUCUUUACGAGGUUAAUUGAUUGUAAGAAUUUUUUGACAGACACUUAAUAUUUACGUGUUAGUUAUUAAUAAUAAUUUUAUAUUUAUAAACUGUAUUAAGCAAAACUGCCUUUUGUUACAAAACAUUAAAAUUUUAUAAUGUAGAUUUAAUAACAAAAAAAAAAAAAAAAAAAUGUAUAGAAUAUUUCUGAAAAUAAAACAAACUUUAAUACA